CAGCAGCUCGCUCUCUCGCUCUCUCUCUCUCUCUCUCUCUCUCUCUCUCUCAGCCAUGCAUAGACAGUCUCUAGGCUCGCCGGUUUCCAAGCUCCACAGCCAUGGUGGUGGAGUUCCUAAAGAAGAUUCUCGUGUAACUGAACUCGUUUCUCCAUCUUCUUCUUCGUUCACCGACGACGACCAAAGCAAGACGACGAAGCCUCGCCGCUUCUCGCUCUCACCGCCGCCUUCCUCAUUGUCAUCUCACUCUAAAUCUGAAAAUCUCGUUCACCUCAUUCCUCUUCUCACUCUCUUUUGCUUUCUUGUCCUCUAUCUCUCCUCUCACUCUCCCUCUCAAUCAGAUUUGGCUCAGUUUAACGGAUUCAAGCGGCUUUCAACGCACACAGAUUCCAGUGAAAUGGAAGAUGUCAGCCGAUAUGUUGAGCUGCGGAGAGGCGAUUUUUUGGCGAUUGGAAGUCUGAGAAACUUACAAGAGAUUGAAAAGCAUGCUCCAAAAUAUCGCCCCCACCGAAAAAUCGCCGAUUUUUAAUGCACAUUUCCUGGUUCAUAAUCUAUCCCUUUGCCUUGCUGGCUUGCUCCAGCUCCUUCUUAUCACUCUCGCACGUGUGCUUACGUCUGACUAUUUUUUUCACGUGUGAAAUAAUAUGAAUUCAUUUGUUAGGAAACCAUUUCGCUCAAUUUUAUGGCGCUUGUUGAACUGUUUUUUUGUGUAAAUUUUGUGGAGAGAAAGGAAAUAAAUAAAAAUAAUGAACAUAAUUUGUUAAUAAUUUAAUGUUAACGUGCGCUUGAGAGGGAGGUGGCGUAAGUUAGCGGUAGUGAUUGGAAUCCAGCUGGAUGUUCCGACCGUUAGUUACUGCAACCUCGAGUUCGGAAGACAGCUGGAAUGAUGUGGUGGUGGUGGAACAGAGCGCAUUAACAACUCUUAAAACUCUCCUCUGAGACUAAUCUAACAGUCAGAUGUAGGCUCGUUUGGUGAUGCCUCCAGAGUCCAAUUACACGUGUAAUUUAUAGUAUUGCAUUUUUAAUUUAAGAUAAUUAAAGUUGUUUUGCAUUAUCAUAUUUUAUUUUCCAUGUUGAU